AUGGAGAAGAACUUUGUCUACGCGAGCGAACUCCUACAACACAGUGUUUGCUUCGCAAUAUCCGUGUUACUUUAUACAGAUGGCACAAGAAUGAUUCGCAUUGGUGGCACUCUUGUCUACGUGGUGCAUGCUUCUGUUGCACACAGGUUUGUGAAGAUGUCGGCCGUCCACAUUAAGGCUUACCUUGCUGUCCUCUUUAUUAUAGGAGCUACUGAGACUUUGGAAACCAGACACAUGGAUCCUUCGGACGUCGCCGUCAUGCAGACCUUAAAUGCUGUCUUCCGCGUUGGCAUGGUGGUCCUGCAUAUGGAUCCUCACAUUCAUGCCGUGGGUCAGAUGGUGAUGUCAGGAUGUGAUAUCCUGAUCAAGAUUCUGAUGCAUGGCUUCACCCCCGGCGUAGUGGCCUAUGUCUGGGUCGAGGUUUUUGUGGCAACAGGAACUGUCAUCCUGAGCAUCUCGCUGGAGUACUACAUGAGGGAGACCUUAGCCGCGCAGUUUAGGUCCCAGGACGCUGAAACGAUGGUCGCAGGUUUCCGCAGAAUGCUUCGUGGCAUCUGUGAUGGUGAGGUGCUGCUUGACGGACAGCUCAGGAUCAAGGGCCCCUGCGGCUGCAUCAAUCAGAUUCUGUCAAGUCAUGGGGACUUUGAGGGCAAAGCCUUUCCGGCUCUGCUCAUGGACUGUGAGGAGGAGCACGCCCGGUUUCGCGAUUUCAUUGCCACGUCCUGCAAGCUAUGCGCAUGCCCGGACAUGCAAGGAAGCAUGCCGCCCUGCCUCAGUGCCUCUCUGCAAGGCGAGCAGAGCACGCGGGUAGGUGUGGACCUUUUCCAUGUCUCUCUCUCCAACCUCUUCGGCUCGGGGGAAGACUACCACCUCCUUGCAUUGAGACAGGACAAGGGGGGCAAGAGAUUGAAGUUGAGAAACUCGGGCCUUAGGGGUCUAGCGUGUUUGGGGUGUUGGGGUUGA